CAAAAUUGUCAUGGUCAUUAUUCUAAAAUAAGGUACAAGAUGGAUAGGUUUGUGUUUUCUUUCCUGUGUAUGGUUUCCAUUACAUUUGCGUUGCAUAUUCCAAGUUAUAUAAAGCCGUGUAAGAAAAAUGAUCCAAAUCUUAACGAUUGUGCUUUAAAGCAAACCAAAUUGGCUUUUCCCUUUGUUUCAAAAGGUGAUAAACAAUUUAAGGCGCGUCCUUUAAACCCAUUCUUUUUACCUUUCCUUGAAGUAGACGCCGGAGCAAAUUUAGAAUUAAAACUGAUUAAUUUAACUGUCAAUGGACUUGAUAAUAUUGAAUUUAAAACUGUAAACUAUGACAUAGAAAAUAACAAAUCCCGUUUUAUAAUGUCGAGCACUCUGAACUUUGUUGGAAAAUAUGAAAUUAAUGGUCAAAUUUUGGUCCUUCCAAUAAGAGGGGACGGAAAUUGCAAUAUAACUUUUAGUGAUGGUGAUUUUAUAUACGAUACCUACUGGACAUUCGUAGAAAAAAACAGCCAACAAUUUGCAAAAAUAAAUAAUACCAAGCUGGAUAUGAAAUUAAAAAGAGCCCAUUUCAACUUUGAAAAUCUUUUUAAUGGUGACAAACUUUUGGGAGAUAAUAUGAACAAGGUAUUAAAUGAUAACUGGGAAGACGUAAUGAAGGAAAUUGGACCUGGAAUUACCCAUACCUUAGAUGUUGUGGCUACUUCUAUUCUAAAAGCUUAUUUUGAAAACAUCCCUUACGAAGAAAUGUUUGUUUAAUUUAAAAUUAUUUAUAAAUAUGAUAUAAAUAAAAUAAACUUUUAUGUUUU